AUGGAUGGCAUUUACCGCGAGCAGGGCUCACGAAGUGGUGGUCUGAACUGGCCUAGUGAUAGCUGGCACAUGUCGACAGGCGUCUCGAACAAGCCACGCACUAAGACACGUAUGGGCAGGGGCCAGGUACUGGUACAGAGGCGUCUAGUCAACCGCAGGCAAGAAGGAGACCGGUCAGUUCUCCUCGAGUAUGGAGCUGAGCGUUGUUAUGGACGAGCGUUGGGACUUAACGGUUUGAGACCCGGAAGCGACACGGGCAGCUUGACUGCAUCGAUGAUGAUGAUGAUGCUCAUCUCCAAGGCUCAUCGUGAAUGGGCAAUAUGCGCCUCGCGGCCGCAGACGAACGCUCCAUCGGGGCCCUGGACCGCAACACUCUCCACCCACGGGGAUCACCAGAAGAUACUGGCGCACUUGUUCGCCCGUGCAGACGCGCCAAGAUCGACUCCUGGUGCCGGCAGUGACAGCCCUAGCCUGGAAGGAGGCAAUGGACCGGGCUGGCUCGUCCAGGAGGGGGCUAGGGACUUUGGUUACGAGAUGCCGCCCAUGACGCCCAUGACGCCCGUUCAAUCCCUCACACAUUGUUUCCCCAAAUCCCCAGCUCCGAUCGAGAGCGGAAGAAGGGUGACAUCGUUCAGGCGCCAUGCUGUCGUGAUGGCCAAGUCUUAUGGAAGGGGGCUGUGUUCCCCGUGA